AUGAAAGUUAAUAACUUAUUAACUGCUACGAUAGCGCUUUCUUCUGUUACACUAGUCGACUCAUUUUCUGUCUUUCAAGAUGUCCUAGGGUUCCCAAAUUUAGAUUAUACUCAAACUCCUAAGAAUAUUAUUCAAUCUAUUAGAACAAAAUCUAAAGAUUAUUUGGGUUCUAAUGAUAUUGAAGUCCUUUCUUAUGAUGAGAAUCCAGCUUAUUCCAUGCGUAUGAGAGAAGUUGACCCUUCAAAAUUGGGUAUUGAUACUGUCAAGCAAUGGUCAGGUUAUUUAGAUUACGAAGACUCAAAACAUUUCUUCUAUUGGUUUUUUGAAAGUAGAAAUGACCCAAAAAACGACCCAAUUAUUCUAUGGUUAAAUGGUGGUCCUGGUUGUUCAUCCUUCACUGGUCUUUUGUUUGAGCUUGGUCCUUCCUCCAUUGGACCAGAUUUGAAACCUAUUCACAAUCCUUAUUCCUGGAAUAACAACGCAUCAGUCAUAUUUCUUGAACAACCUUUAGGUGUCGGUUUCUCAUAUGGUGACGAUAAAGUCACCACUUCGAAAUUAGCCGCACAGGAUGCAUAUGUGUUUUUAGAAUUAUUCUUUAAAAGAUUUCCACAUUUAAGAAAUAAUGAUUUCCACAUUGCUGGUGAAUCAUAUGCUGGUCAUUAUAUUCCACAAAUUGCUCAUGAGAUAGUAGUAGAAAAUCCUCAACGAUCUUUCAAUUUAACAUCCGUAUUAAUUGGUAAUGGUAUCACCGAUUCGUUGAUUCAGUCUGAUUAUUAUCAACCAAUGGCAUGUGGGAAAGGUGGUUAUAAGGCAGUUCUAUCUAAUGAACAAUGUGAAAAGAUGAGUAAGGAUGCCAGGAGAUGUCAAUUGUUGAAUAAGGCCUGUUAUUUCAGUCAAAGAAGUAUUCCUUGCUUCUUAGCUCUUACGGUAUGUAAUGAAGCCCUUUUGUCUCCUUAUGAAACUACAGGUUUAAACGUGUACGACAUUAGAGGUCCGUGUGAAAACCAAGAUGGUUUGUGUUAUAACGGUUUACAAAACGUUGAAGAAUAUAUGAACCAACGUUAUGUUCAGGAUGCAUUGGGUUCUGAUGUUCAUAACUAUACAGGUUGUAAUGACCAAGUAUUUGCAGGCUUUAUUCUAACGGGUGAUGAAGCUAAACCUUUCCAACAAUUUAUCGCUGAACUUCUGGAUAGAGAUAUUCCAGUAUUAAUUUAUGCCGGUGAUAAGGACUAUAUUUGCAAUUGGUUAGGUAACAAUGCUUGGACUGAUAACCUUGAAUGGAAGGAUCAUGCCUCAUAUGAGAUCGAACCAAUGAAUGAAUGGGUCCUUUCUGAUACAUUAAGAACUGCAGGUCAAGUGAAGAGUUUUGGUGCAUUAACUUUUGCCAGAAUUUACGACGCAGGCCAUAUGGUUCCCUAUGAUCAACCUGAAGCAAGUCUAGAAAUGGUAAACCAAUGGAUUUCAAAUCUACACCUUCGUUCAGACUAA